AUGCAGACGGCCAGUCGCGAGGAUGUCAUACAAGUUAUCCAUGGAGGGUUCUUUCUCGGACGACAAGUUCUCCUCAUGUUGCUCCGCCAUUUUGGGCACUACGUGCGAGAGGCCUCCAUGCAUAUAAUCACCAAUAUUUCGGGAUCCAGAGCCCAGAGCAACUUCAACCUUUCUGGCCUGUUUUCCCAUCGUGUUAUAGAGGUGAGGAAUGGUUUUCCGUCGGUGUAAUACCUGCUUAACUGUGUUUUAUUUGCUCGGCGAUACGGAGCAACAGCUCAGCACGUCUGUCUGUUCGGUUUGCUGGUCAGCUCUGCCCCCCCAGUCACUGCCCUUUUAAUUGCAAUCUGGAAAUAUAUUUAAAAAGAGAUUAUAAUUCUGUAAGGAGACAUACUUGAAAACGAGAGAAAUCUCAAUGUAUCCUUCCUGAUAAAAUAUUUUAUAAAUAUAUAAAUAUCUAGAACCAGUUAUUUGUUCCAUGGAUGCCACAUUCCAAUUCUGCUGAUGCGUGCUGGUUAUUAUAUUGAAAGCUUUCUUUCUGUUCUCUGCUGGUGACUCUAGACACAUGAAUUAAUCACUUGUGGCUGCUAUUGUUAGGACUUCAGCAACAAAGAGUUUUCUUUUCUUUUUCUUUUUUUUUUUAAGGCUUUCCUAGCUCCUAAAAACAGGAUUUCCUGCUUCUAUCUCUGGCAUUAAAGGAAGUCUGCUGAAAUCAGCUUUCCUGACCCCACCAGUUCAUCAUUCAGGACAUGGUUUAUAUAGCACUAAGGUUGCAAGACCAACAAACCUUGUACUGUCAUGAACUCCUUUCACUUCCUUUCCAGUUACUCGGUUUACAAAAUGUGUGCUUAAAAACACUUUGUAGAUCACCACUGCCAAAAGAGAAUGUUCGAUAUUAGUGUGUUUGUUCCGUUUUAUGAUGAUGAGAGCUUUUUCUCUUGUACCCAAGAUAAAAUGUUGCCAAGUAAAAGAAACAUACCUUAAUUUUUCUCAUCUGAAAUAGUUUUUUGUUUUUUUCUAAUUAGUUUUCUUUUGUUGUAAAAUUUGUGUUUCUGUAUUCAAGUAUUUUUUUUAUAUAUAUAUAUAUAUAUAUUUUUUUUAUCUGGGCAUUUGACAAAAAUGAUAUAUAUUGCAAUUUAUUUACCAGCUACACAAUUUGGUUACUAUCAAGUCAAGCUGUAACCAUAGCUGAGUUUGAGGUUUUAUUUUCUGGAUCAGCGCUUUUUUGCUUAAAUGUUGCAAGUAGAAUUAGUGAAUAAAACCCCAUGUUAUGUGUCUAUGUGAAGAAUGGAUAUAUGUUGUAGCAAGAAUAUAGUAGUAACUUGCUCAUUUUAUUUCCAUUCUCCAACCAUAACAAAAACUUACAAAACUGUGAUUAACACAAGAAAAGAAAAUGAAUGCAGAAAUUGAAAUUACCACCAAAGUUCACCUAAUCAUCUAAAUGUGGGGUCUUGCUUUGAAAGAACCCACCAAGCACCAUAACCACUACAGCUCACUGCCAGCAUCAGACAGCGGCAGCAAUAUAGCAUAUGAAUGGCUCCGCCGCCUAUUCCUUUAGCAGCACUGAGUAGCAAUGCUUGCGUGAUUUGCAAUAUCAGCCCUCAUAUGUCAGUAUGUCACCCAACAUUACCUUCAAUAGCCGGAGAAAGGAGAGAAGGCUUCGAAGCAAAACUGCCUAGCCGUAAAGCUGCGCACUACCACAACCACCAAGUAUGCUCUUCUCUCAGCAGAGCAUGCUGGGUGA